AUGUCCCUCCCCUCCCUCUUCUCUUCACCCCGUCCAACACCCACCGAUGCCCUCUCGACGCCCACCUCUCAAGAUCAAUCCUCCACCGAGUCGCUCAUCAUCCCCCUCCUCAGCAAGCCCGACACUCUGCAUCGGCGCGAGCACAUGAUGUGGCUCCUCAGGCUCCUCUUUCGCGGUUUUCCAGACUCUUAUUCGAGUCAGGACGCGAGCCAGCCCUGGUUGAUCUAUUGGGUGCUGCAGUCGCUUAUCCAGCUAGGGGGAGUGAUGGAUCCCGAGUCGGCGAAGAAAGGAGUACAGACGAUAAUGCGGUUCUGGUCCCCGUCAGGUGGGUUUGCAGGAGGACCGUACCAGAACGCCCACGUCCUCCCCACGUACGCCGCUGUCUGCGCGCUGGCCAUAGUUGGCGGGCGGCCUGGCGAAGGCGGAGGAUGGGACCAGAUCGAUCGGUAUUGUAGGGCAAAGCUGUACGACUUCUUCCUUAGUUUGAAGCAGAGUGAUGGGAGUUUUAUUGUCUGCGAGAACGGGGAGGUCGACAUGAGAGGAUGCUACUGCCUGCUGUGUGUAGCGACGAUGCUAGAUAUCCUCACCCUCGAGCUGGUCGAAGGUCUGGCGGAGUAUAUAGCCAAUUGCCAGACGUACGAAGGCGGAUUCUCCUCCGCAUGCUAUUACCUCUCUUCUGCCCGUGGGAGACUAGGCGAAGCGCACGGAGGGUACACAUACUGCGCCUUGGCGUCCCUCUUCCUCCUGCGCCCUCUAGUUCCACACGUCUUCCACCUCAUCGACCUCCCCCGCCUUGUUCGGUGGGCCACGGGCAUGCAGGGGCUCCCUGUAGAGGGUGCUGGCUUCAGGGGAAGGACGAACAAGCUUGUUGACGGGUGUUAUUCUUGGUGGGUGGGGGGGAUGGAACCCUUGCUUCGGGAGUUGGUAAGGGAAAAAGCAGGAGGAGAAGGGGAGUGGGAAGACUGGGACGACGCUGUCUUCCAGAAAGAGGGCAUCCAACACUAUACACUUGCGAUCGCCCAACUCGCCCAAGGCGGGCUGAGGGACAAGCCUAGCAAGCCGCCCGAUGCGUACCACACAGCGUGCAACCUCGCUGGGCUAGCGACGGCGCAGCACCGGGUUGCCCGAAGCCCGCAGGUGAGGCAGCAGAUGCUGGGGAAGUGGGCGGUGGCCAGGAAUCCCCAGGUAGAGGAUCGGGAAGGGAGGAGGGAAGCAUAUUUGGCCAGCUGUGAAUGGGCGGAAGAUGAGGGUGCGGACGUCUACCUCGGGGGAGAGGAUAAUAGAGUCAACGCCGUGCACCCGUUGUAUAAUCUUACGAUUACGAGCGUGAGGAAGAUGAUGGGCCACUUUUAUGCGCAGGAACCGGUUAAGAGUUCUGUUGAUCAGGAUGACUGA